AGGACGAGUCCAUUCCGGUGGCGUCGGGGGCGCGCCGCUCACACAAACACAGUAAAUCGCGCUCGCUCCAGAAUUAAACAUUAAUCUGAUAACUGCUGAGUUUAACUGUAUAUUUAUGAGAUUGUGCGGUUAUACCGCGGUUGUAACGCGUGUUCACAGCUCGCCCCGCGGUGGCGCGGAGGAAGGCGUGCGUUGGUUCGCGCCGAGGGAAGAUGGCGGCGAGCGGAUCGUGAUCAGAUUAUCCCGCUGCUCUUAAAUCUCCGGUUCUCGGUGUUUAACGGCGUGAGGUCGGUUCGUGACCGUGUUUGUGUCGUGAUCUGUGAGGGAUGUCGGACUCUGAGGAGGAGAUUCAGGAGCGGCAGCUGAAGAUCGUGCUGCUGGGAGACGGAGCGUCGGGAAAGACUUCUCUGGCCAUCCGCUUUGCACAAGAAGCUUUUGGGAAACAGUAUAAACAAACGAUAGGGCUGGACUUCUUCCUCAAGAGGAUCACCCUGCCAGGAAACCUGAAUGUGACGCUGCAGGUGUGGGACAUCGGAGGACAGACUAUUGGAGGAAAAAUGCUCGACAAAUACAUCUACGGAGCACAGGGCGUGCUCCUGGUGUAUGACAUCACUAAUUCUCAGAGUUUUGAGAAUCUUGAAGAUUGGCUGAACAUGGUGAGAAAAGCCAACGAAGAGUCAGACGCACAACCAGCAAUAUCACUGAUCGGAAACAAGAUUGAUCUGGAGCACAUGAGGACAGUGAAGAUGGAGAAACAUCAGCGAUUCUGUCAGGAAAACGGACUCAUCAGUCAGUUUGUGUCUGCGAAGACAGGAGACUCUGUGUUUCUCUGUUUCCAGAGGCUGGCGGCUGAGAUUUCAGGCAUAAAGCUGAAUAAAGCUGAGAUGGAGCAGUCACAGCAUAUUGUCAAAGCGGAGUUGGUGGACUAUCCUCAGGAUGAAGGACCAAUCACACAAGAGACCAAUCAGAGCAAGAUCUGCUCUGUCCAAUAACACACGUGGUUAAAGCAGACAUCGUGAACUACAGUCAGGAGUCGGUGGCUCGAGCCGUCAACCCUCCACGCAGCUCCAUGUGUAACAUCCAGUGAUCAGUCGUCUCUGUCUCGCUCGCGUCUGUCGUCUGAACGUGUGGCGGUCGAUGCAGACGGACUCUGAACUCAGCGUCACGGACACACAUUCUGCUUCAUACUUUCCUCCCUCGUUCAUUUGCCAAUUAGAUAUGUUGUGUUAUGUAAAAUCUUUAAUGUGUGCAAGUAGCAGAGCUUUAUCUUGUAAAUCUUUGCUUGUGUAAGUCGAGACCGACGGAUGGCGGAUCGUUAUAGAGGAUCGUUGCGUGUAAAUGCCGCUGGAGUUCGUUCAGCUGAGAACGAGCCGAGAUCUCACAUCUGCGGGAGAAUUCACUCGCACCGGCGGAGAACUGACUUCCUCCGGUCAGAGGUUAGAGCAGACGCACGAGUGUGUGUGUGUGUGUGUGUGUGUGUGUGUGUUAGGAGAGAAAGUACACUACCAGUCAAAAGUUUUUGAACAUUUUUUAUGUUUUUUAAAGAAGUCUCUUCUGUUCACCAAGCCUGCAUUUAUUUGAUCCAAAAUACAGCAAAAACAGUAAUAUUGUGAAUUUUUUUUACUAUUUAAAAUCACUGUUUUCUAUGUGAAUAUAUUUUAAACUGUAAUGUAUUUCUGUGAUGCGCAGCUGUAUUUUCAGCAUCAUUACUGCAGUCUUCAGUGUCACAUGAUCUUCAGAAAUCAUUCUAAAAUGCUGAUUUGCUGCUCAACAAACAUUUUUAUUUUUAUUAUCAAUAUAAAAAAAAGUUGAGGACAUUUUUUUUUCAGGAUUCUUUGAUGAACAGAAAGAUCCAAAGAUCAGCAUUUCUCUGAAAUAAAAAGCUUUUGUAACAUUAUACCAUUCAAAAGCUUGCAGUCAGUAUAAUUUUUUUUUUUUUGGAAAGAAAUUAUAGAAAUUAAUACUUUUAUUUAGCAAGGAUGCUUUAAAUUGAUCACAAGUGAUGAUAAAGACAUUUAUAAUGCUACAAAAUAUUUUUAUUUCAGAUAAAUGCUGUUCUUCUGAAGUUUCUAUUCAUCAAAGAAACCUUUUUAUUCAACAUAAUAAUAAUAAUAAAUGUUUCAUGAGCAGUAAAUCAGCAUAUUAGAAUGAUUUCUGAAGGAUCAUUGUGUGAUUGAAAUCACAGGAAUAAAUCACUUUUAAAAAUAUAUUCAAAUAGAAAACAGUUAUUUUAAAUAGUAAAAAUAUUUCAAAAUUGUACUGUUUUUGCUGUACUUCGGAUCAAAUAAAUGCAGGUUUGGUGAACAGAAGAGACUUUAAAAAACAUUACUGUUCAACAACUUUUGACUGGCAGCGUAGUUUUAUAACUGAGACAUUUCAAUAUAAAUAACUCUCCACCUUGAGCAUCAAAAUCAUAAUGACUUGUUUUACACAGUAUUUCCCCCUUUUUUAUGCUUUUUUUAAAUGUAAUUUGGCAAAUCCAGAGGGAAUAUCUCCAAUGCAUAGACAUAAUCCUCCCCCUCCGUGUUCAUGACUGAUAUUUGACGUUUAUGAGCAUCAUAUUGGACCAAUAAUCUGCAGUAAAGCAGGAGUCACACAGAGAGGCUUGUGUGGAGUAUUUGCAGGCAGCCUGUAAACUCGAUUUGAGUGAUUUGUUGGUUUGUGCGAGCGUGAGUGUUUUCAUUUCCACGGGAUCCUCUACUUAGAGAACUUUCAUUGUAUGACCUCUGAAUAUUUCUAUUUAAAUACUGAAUGUAUUUGUAAACUCAAGCCUGUCCAGGUUGAGCGUUGUACCGUUUAGGAAUAAAUGUCACGACACACGUU